AUGGCCGUUCUCAAUAGCUGCCGUGUGGCGAAAGCAAAGUGCGAACUGGUUACCGGUGGGCCACAAUGUCGCCGAUGUUUCUUGUCCUCCGCUGCGUGCGUUUUCCCGCCUAGUCGGCGGGGGCGGAUCAAGGGAAGCAAGAAUCGGCGCACUUUGGACAAGCUCCGAGAGGAGCAAAUGUUGUCCUUGUGGCUCAGAACACAGACUCAACAUGUUCUCGGAGUGGAAACCUCAAACACGGCGACUCCUGAGUUUGGGCUGAAUGGGAAAGGAAAUGGGGAGAUCGCAUCAAAUACCCCAGAGGCCAUUUCUGAUAUUCGAGACUCUUCUGGAAACAACUUUACCGCCACAAGCCAGUGUGAAAUCGAUCUUGAUGGUCGGGAAGCCUCAUAUGGCUCUCGUGGAAAUACAUUGCUCCCGCACGAGCCUGAAAAGAUCGUGCAUAUUCCCGGCAAGCUUCCAAUCGAGAGAGGUGAAAGCUAUGAGGUUUCCAAUGAAACGAAAGGCUUGCAGGACCCUUUGCGGGCGAUGGCUGGACUCGCAGAGCGCGGCUGGGACCUUCAUGGCACACAUGGCCACCAGAGCAAUAGUAGCGCAGAGCCCCCGGCUUCGCGUACAUCUCCCAGUUUGCCGGAAAUCGAAAAGGAACACAAUCGCUAUUAUGAGCAUGGAUUGUUCGGAUCCAAGUGCGAUGUAGCCCCUGAUCUGGAUCCUAUCCAGCGCGGGCUAGUCACUAAGAAAGGGGCAAGGGACCUUUUCGAGGCGUAUUUUGACAUGAUCAACCCGCAAUGGGCGGUGUUAGACUCUACGAUCCACACCGUGGAGUAUGUGAGCGCUCGGUCAGCCCUAUUGACAACCACUAUCCUUGCUGUUGGUGCUACGGCUCUCUCCCAGCAUCCUGAUGGUCCGGAAUGGCGAGUCACCGAAGCACUCCGGCUGCAUGCACAUACCCAAAAUCUUAAGCUCGUCGUCUUUGCCGCUGGCGCUAGGUCUAUUGAGAUCGUUCAAGCGCAAAUUAUUUUAUCCCGGUGGAGUAUUUCUCCCAGUUCGCGGCUCGACGAACAGCGGUGGAUGCAUGCUGCCAUGGUGCCCAGAAUGGCUGCUGAAAUUGGACUUGGCCUGUCGCAUCGCUACGACGAGGAUGGCUGUGAUACCGCGGAGACUGAGAAACUUCGGAACAACAAUUGUCGCACCAGAGCUUUCAUGAUAAUUAAUGAGCAUCGUUUCGCAAGUUUCUCCGGCCGCCAUCCCAUGGAUCUCGCCUCGUUCGAGUUGCAUACUAAUGAGUUAGACACUAUCACACAUCUAUAUUGGGGUCCAUCUUGCAUUUCGCUGGCGGCACUUUAUCAUCUCUUUCUUUUCGAUAGAGAUGUGCGGAGAAGAUUGGAGCAGUAUCAGUCAGUGCCUGGAACUGGCCUCUCCCUUGAUGCUGAACUCGAGCAUGUAAAGUCGUAUGUUGAGAAGUGGAUCCAGGAAUGGUGUCAUACAGAAGGGAAACCUCACCUCAAUUGGCACCUAUCGCACGAUGCUCUUAGCUGUUGGCUUCUCUUGGCCGUCCAUAUUGCAAGAAGACGGACUGAACUGUGCAAUGCGUCCCCAUUCAGCCACAGGCGGAAGCAGGAACAGCAGCGGCUUCUGCUGGGUCUCUGUACAAGACUAUUUACGGGGUCACUGGAAACCCCAGGAGCAGUACGUAUGACCCACCGUGCGGGCAUCUUCCCUUUCGCGGCAUCUAUUCUCUUGAGAUUAGGCGGGAAGCGCGACCUUGUCCUUCGUACUGCCUUGCAUAUGUCUGGAGAGCCGGGAAAGCCACAUGUUCCCACCUUUGUUCGACAGUCAGGAACCCAAAUGCUAGUAAUGCUCUGUAAGACACAUUUUUCCCGAGCCCCAACCCCGCUGCCGCAGGCCCACGUAGGACCUGACCAUGACCGGCCACAUCUCGUGGAAGAAGAGCUAGAAGCAGGCCGUAGUCAGGAUUCUCAGGCACAUGCACCGAUCUUGUCCAACGGGGACAUUCAUGGUUUGCAAACAACGGAGGGGGACGUGUUUCCCUCUUUUAACCUUCCAGAGUUUCCAUACGUCCCGAAUCCAGAUCUGCCGCAAAUCCAAGUCCAAGAGUCCCUUCUGCUUCCGGCUUCUCCCCUUGGUGAUCUUGGUCAAUGGGGGCUUUCAGAGAUAGAAAAUUGGAUUGGACCAACGACCUCAUCAGAGCCCUUGCAAGAUUCUGAAAGUUCCGCCCCAAUGCAAGUCACUUCCAUCGGGCUGCCAUUCGACCCGAUGGCUUCGUGUCGGGUUCCUCUAGGGGAACCUCAUACAGAGGUCACUUGGAAUAGGGACGAUCUGUCCCCGGCCAACACAUUUCCCGCAGCUCCUGGUGUUAGCACGACCAGAGGGAAUACCUCCAACGAACAACGGGAAUACUUGCUAUCUGCUGUUGACCAUCUUAAACAGCUUGUAUCCCUGAUUCAGUGACGGAUAUAUAAGCCUUUUCCAGUUCCUGCUUGCAGAAUUUGACUAGACCUUUGCCAG